AUGGACCGGAUCUCCGCUGGCAACGAGGUGGCUUUCCGGGUCGGCUUCUCCGGCCACAGCGGGCACCUACGGCUGGAGCCUCUCCCCCCCGUAGAGCGACGCAACCCACUCAGAUCCCUCCCGGACUUCAUCCUCGUGAGUAUUCGGGUCGUCGUCGUCAGCUCCAUCCCGGCCUCUGUAUCUUCGUUUCGUCUCUGGGUCGGGGGGCGCAAAAAUGGCGUCUCAAGGCCUUUCUCUCCAUCUCUCUCUGCAAGUGUUUGGAAUAACCAGGCAACAUUGGUAACCUUAGAAGCCGUAUAUGCACAUUCUAUCUGUCUUUUGCUUUUCUUAGUCCGGAAACCGCAAUUUCCGCCUCGGAGAACAGGGCAGCGUACAUGAUGUUCACAUAAAUUGGUAGAUUUUAUGGGGACGUUGUUCUGAUGAAGUUUUCUUCAUGCUCCUAAUGUGUUCUUCGCGUAAUUUCCAUCUAACAUUUGUGCUGUUUUUGGGGGGCUGGGAAUAAGCCUCCAGCCUUCGAACCAGAGACACCUGAAAGUGCGAAGAGACAAUUGGAGGAGGAAUACCUAUUGCCGCAGUUGGAUCCGGAUGCGUUCUCAGUUGAAAAAUCCGGAAGGCAAUGGGACUUCGACUGGUUUGACGGAGCGAAGGUACAUCUGGAGCCGUCAGCUCCCAGAGUUGUCAUAGCUCCUUCAUGGGAAUUGCCUUUCAGGCGCAACGGCGAUGAUUCUGAUAGAGGGAUAUGGGAUCCACUUUCUAUUCAGGUCUGUGUACUUAACUUGCUUCAGGCAGAAUAUCGUCCUUGUGUGAAUUGAUGCAUAGCUGGCUGAGUUUUACUGUAUAUUUUUUCGGAAUUUGCGGCAAAGUUUUCCUUUUUUGUUUUGUUUCCUCCCCUCUAAAAGUAGGUUGUGCCCCUAAUUAAAAUUAAAAUUGAAUGAAUAAUUUAGGUUUGCAGUAAAGACAGGAGCAUCCAUUGAUUAGGGACUGCUGUGCAGCAGGUUUAUACCACUUUCCAUGGCCACAGACAGAUCCUGGUUUAAAAUUAAGGAACCGGAUUUUUUUUUCACGAACAAUUGUUGACAGUAUUAUGGUUAGAAAUGAACAACCAUUUUAUGCAGCUGAUUUUCUGUAAUACUCUAGUAUACCCAAACAGAGGAGCCCUGCCUUUUCAGGUGUUAUUUUCUCUCCUGCAUUUAGGUUUGUAUGAAGCACGUCUUAAAGCAUGCAACUUUCCACAGUAUCCGUGCUUUCUAUAUUUCUAAUUUUGAGGACUCUUCCUAGAAGAUUAAGGAGAGAAAUGACAGAUUAUUGUUAUUGUCUACUCACAUGAAGAAGGGGCAACAAGGGGUGAUUUCUAUCAUUUAUACAUUUGCUUUGUCAGGUAGAAGUUGCAGAGCUAUUGGAAGACGCUCAAGACACUGGAAAUUUGUUGCAUGUGCCCGGACAAAUGAGGGAUUUUGUGAGGGGUAGCACAAGCAAUCGUCCUUUUCGUCCAGGUGGUCUGGAUGAUUCUCCAUCAUCAGAAAGGCUCCUUCCUGAAGGCGUUCAUAGUGGGCAAUGGCUACGUGAAAUUAUAGACGGUGGUGAUGCCCAGACUGUACCUCCCAGUUUUAAGCAUGGAAUGAAUCUCGGUUCUCUAAAGGUAUCCUCUGACAUGUGAUAUUCUUUAUACUUCAUGAACCGGCACUCCGUGGAAGUUCAUUUUAUAUGCAGAAACUCACUCAUUGAGUUGAUUCAUCUUUAUAUGUUUUGAAGGGGUACCCAUAUCGGUGGAAGUCUUUCAAGGAACGUCGCUCUGGAUCUUCCAGUGCUGCGGAAGAGAAUAUUGUUAGUUGUUGCUCAUCGCACAUCCUGAAUGUUUUUGCAAAGCCACUGGUCAAUUGAUUUAUUAGCCUUAUGUUAUAAUUAGUGAAACUUGAAUUUUGACUGUCACACCAAUCAGACUGCCAGUCUUGUGUCCGGAAGUUGGAUGAAAAGAGAGAAUACUUGGGUACUUUCCUAUUUAAUUCCUAUUAGAAGCUGGAUAUUUGACUAUAGUAGCAGUCAAGGGGCCAACUGGGUUUAAGUGAUAUUGCCAGCGGCUUUGAUUUUGUGCAAAUGUGUUGCCAUGAAAUCUCAUUGUAGACUUUUAUCUGUUUAUGCAGAUCAAGUUCUCUGUAAAAUUUGAUGAUUUGUUCAAAAACUCUUGGGAAGAGGGCACUGAUGAAGGAUUAGAGAAGGAAGGUUGGCUCUUUUUUUUUGGACUACUGAGUAAUUCUGCUUUUCUGAUUCAUGGAAGUAGGAUAAAUCUUAUCCACUAUGUUGCAGUUUCUUUCAUUGAUACCUUUUUGUAGAACUGCUGGAUGAACGUAGUCAUUCUUCUAUGUUCGUGGCCUUGAAAGUAAUUAUCUGUGACUGGAUCAGUCCUGGCCAGAAAGUUCAUGUUUCAGUUAGGCAUGAGAACUUCCCCACUCCGGUUAGGUUUGGUUGGCUCUAUCUUAUUACGCUAAAAUAUGCUUUUAAAAUGUUAAGUGAAUAAAUAUUAUACUGUUUUCACUAAAAAAUUGUGAACAAUAUGAGAUUGCUUAAAACCUCUAGGGUAAUAUUUGAUCACAUAUAUUACAUAUAGACAAUGGGUUCAUCGAAUUGUGACAAUAUUCAGAACAUAUUUCAGGUAAGGUCAAGAGAAUAUACCACUUCGGAGGAAAUCUAAUUAUACUCGCAUGGAUAUCAUGAGGAUCUUUCAUCCUUGUUUUUAUGGGUUUUCUCAUAUACUCUCGGUUGGUACAUCUGGCUCAUGUCCUUUACCCAUCAGGAAAUGGUAAUGAAAUGUGCCUCUUUGUAGCUAUUUGCAAUUCAAAUGAUGAUGAUGAUGAUGUUUGAACAUAUGUAAGUGCCCUCAAGGUUCCUCAACCGUUGGCAGGUUUUUGACAGUUGGUACUGCUGAACCCAGACAACGUUGGUUUGGGAAAUGAAUUAAUGUUACCGUUUUUCAGCUCCAAUAUGGAGCUCUAUCUGUUUCAUAUGCCAAUAGAAACUUUACUAUCAUAUUCUCCUCUCACUGCUUGAGAGCUCACGGUUUCAUGUUCUAUUUCACUCCCCGACGGGGGGUUCUUUUCACCUUUCCCUCACGGUACUUUACACAGUCGUAGUUGAAUUGAAAUGAAAAUUUAAGCGAAAAGUAAAUCUGUCCAGAAAGUUCAAAGCUUUGAUCCUGGGUGAGGUUUUACCUUUGGAAAAUCCUCUAAAUACGCUUAAUUUUUAUUGCUAGACUUAGCUCUUGUUUAAUGUCUGUACUUUGGAAUCAUUUCAAUUUCCAUGUAAACGACUGCUACUUCCCCUGAAGGAAAUCUGUUGGUUUUGUUUAUUCUGCUUUAGGAGAGUCGUUGAAUCAAGUGCUCAGCGAACCAGAAGCUGAAAGCAGAGAGGAUCGUUCAGAUACUGCAACUCCCAGCACCGAAUCUGCGGUUUUGGAUGAAAUUCUUUUGUCAGAACCUGGGGAUUUGCCACCAAAGCCAGCUGCGGAUGCAAGCGACCAAAUUGAACAACGAAAAGAGGUAUGGCACGUACAAUAACCUGAAAUGUUACCUUUUUUUUAGCGGCCUUGAACGAGAUUUGGGAUUUCAAUCAGAAUGGCGGACUAAGAUUGACUUUGCUAUUCUAUUUAAUGACAUCGCUCAUUGAAUUUCUACAUCAAAGUGAGAUGUUAAAGUUUCCAUUUUUGGGCUUACAGGGUUUCAUUUGUAUUGUCAUCUCAAGAGAAGAUUGAUCCCAUUUUUGUAUUCAUCAACUGGCGGGAUCAUGAAUUUGUAUUAGUCACCUCAUAUCCUGGGGAUGUUCAUAAUCAGGCGGAAAGGAUGUUAAAAAAAAAAGUGAUGAAUGAAGUGAACUACGCACAAGUUCCAUUUUCUCUCCAUUAUUUAAAGUUCGAUGUUUGCCAGACCUUUUGUGUUUAGAUCAUUAGAGUCAUCAUUUAAUUGUUUUAACAUGUUGCAGCUUGUCAUGAUUUAGUUGCUUCAACAUAUUCCAGUCUGUUAUCUUGCGUUAUUCUAAAAUUAAAUUUUCUUUCUGGUUCAUACCAGUGAUGUACGUAUAUUUUUGAUUCUUGGUACAUCUCUUUGCAGGCUUGGACUUCUACUUGUGAUACUGAGGGGAUUGCUGAUCGCUUUAAUGAACUUGUCCCUAACUUGGCACUUGACUUUCCAUUUGAACUGGAUAAUUUUCAGAAGGAGGUAUUAGUCUAAACGUAUUUUGUGCUUUUACUAGCAAUGAUGCAACUUCAUUGACGUGGGAAAUCUGAUGGGUAUCUUAACCUUGAAUUUUCAGAUUUCUUUAUAUUGACAUUCUAACCUAUAUUCUCACCUUCAAGGUGCCAAUGUUCGCGCUAUCAUAUCGUCUAAAAAACGGAAAUGUCUUUCUUUCUUUUUUUAUUCUGGACUAUUAUAGAACUUAAAAAAUAUGAUGUCGAGUGAUUUUCGUCAACAUUAUUUAUGAGGACUGCUACUGUAUGAUGCAUAAUGCACUCUUGUUACUCGAUUAUUUGCCGCUGACUUUUGCAACUGAAGAAAGUUAUUCAUCAAAUAAACUCAAUCAAUUGAAGCACAAUCGAUGUAGGAAAAAUCCAGACUCUAAUGAGAAAAAAGUAUCCUUUUAAGGCAAUCCUUGCAGCAAAUGAAUUAGAUAGCUGAACACAAAAAAAAAAAAAGUUAAUAAAAGUAGCUCAUGGUAAUCAAUAGUUAAAUUUUCAGAAGCCACCGUGCAUGCUGAUUUUAACCUGCAGUCAUGUUUCUGUAUUUGCAGUUGCCAAUAAUUCUCAACCUAUGUUCCAUAAAUCUUAUGUCUUUCUGCGUGCAGGCUAUUUAUUGUCUAGAGAAGGGUGAGUCCGUUUUUGUUGCUGCCCACACGUCAGCUGGAAAGACUGUUGUUGCAGAAUAUGCGUUUGCUUUAGCAUCAAAGGUACGGUGUCUAUUCUUUUAUUGGCAUUCGAUGAGGAAUCUUUGAUCUAGACUUGUUGUUUCAUUACACUCUUUUUAUUCAGUUCAAGGUUGUUGGUACAUAGUUCUUGUGAAAUUUCUUUAAAAAUUCAUGAUUCCACAUCCCUCAAAAUUAAUAUUUUUAAAGAUUUUUUUUAGUUAGUAAAUGUUUUAUAGUAUGAUAUGUUCUAUUCUUAUGUGUAUUGUCUGAACGGAUGGUGCGUAUUUUCCAUAGCACUGCACACGGGCUGUGUAUACUGCUCCCAUCAAAACAAUCAGCAACCAGAAAUACAGAGAUUUCUGUGGGAAAUUUGACGUAGGACUACUGACCGGAGAUGUGAGCUUGAGGCCGGAGGCAUCUUGUUUGAUAAUGACGACUGAAAUUCUAAGAUCGAUGCUUUAUCGCGGUGCUGACAUUAUUCGAGACAUCGAAUGGGUGAGAUGAGAUGAUCUCUUCUCUGUUUGCUUCUUGGUCAAGUCAACGCCACCAUCCUCGGAGUUUCUGGUUUGAUUCCUGAUGAUGAACCUGAAAGUUUUGUGUUGUUCAAAUUUGGUUGAACAGGUUAUAUUUGAUGAAGUGCAUUACGUGAAUGAUGCCGAGAGGGGCGUUGUAUGGGAAGAAAUUAUCAUAAUGCUUCCACGGCAUAUCAAUCUUGUCCUUCUCUCUGCAACGGUACAUGAUUUUUUAUUUAUUUUUUAUUUCCUGAUCUGGAAUGAACACUUUUAAUGCCUAGUUUUUGGGUUUUGAUUGAGGGACAACGACUGUGAUAUUUAUAUCCAUAUCCUGUUGUUUUCAUUAUAUAUCUAUUAAUCUCAGGCAUCAGCUUGCUUUUUCUAACCCUAAUAUUGCAGGUGCCAAAUACAGUGGAAUUCGCAGAUUGGAUAGGGAGGACAAAAAAGAAGAAAAUUAUUGUUACUGGGUAAAUUGCUAAAUUAAAUGCAUAUCAAUUCUCGAUUUUCAUUUUGAAAAGAAAUUUCCAACCAGGAACUUGCUAAAUUAAAUGCAUAUCGAUUUUCAUUCUAUGAUAAUGGGUUGUCUACUCAAAUUUCUAACUCCUUAGCUUUCUUCCUGCUCUGCAUUUUUCAAACAGGACCAUGAAGAGACCUGUCCCACUGGAGCACUGCUUAUUCUAUUCUGGGGAGUUGUACAAAAUAUGUGAAAGCGAAACCUUCUUGCCCCAGGGACUGAGGGCAGCUAAAGAUGCUUUCAAGAAGAAAACUUCUACCAUUGGAAGCAGUUCCGGAGGAGCAGGGUCAGCGGCGGCGACGCAAGGUGUGGGUCGAGAAAGGCAUCAUGAAACUUCUGGUCGGGGUAGAGGCCAGAGACAUUCUGGGCAGCAACCCAUGAAUCUCUCAGGAGCGAGCAGCGGACUGCAUCAGAAUAGCUGGGGGGCAAGAAGAUCAGAGUCUUCUAUGUGGCUCUUGCUCAUAAACAGACUUUCAAAGAAGUCCCUUCUGCCUGUGCGUAAGGAGUUUGCAUAAUUUUUGUAUUCAUCGAUAUUCUGUGCCAUUCGGUCUGUGAAAUGAAGCAGCAGUAUUCGAGGUGCAAUCCAUUUACUAUGGUUGAGUUCGUGAUGGCAAUAUAUCCAUUUGAAAAAAAAACUAAUGAAAAAUCGAUUGACUUUGUUUCCCGACAUGCAUUAAGUUGUUAUUUGCGCAAGUUCAACUCCUAUUUGUGUUUUUAAAGCUUAGAAUCAUCAUACGACUUUUAAAUUUGAAAGCAAAUCAAUCUUCUGCUUUCAGGUGAUCAUCUUCUGCUUCUCAAAGAAUCUUUGCGACAAGUCAGCAGACCUCUUGACUGGCACCGACCUCACUAGCAGUUCUGAGAAAAGUGAAAUCCGCCUAUUCUGUGAUAAGGCAUUUUCACGCCUGAAGGGGUCUGAUAGGAACCUUCCACAGGUAUUCGUGGUUUUUUUUUUUUUUUUUUUUUCUUACAUGUUGAAGCAAUGAUUAAAGAUCAUCUUGUAUGUAAAUUUCGCUGCAGAUUAUCCGAGUCCAGAACCUUCUGCGGAGAGGAAUUGGUGUGCACCAUGCUGGCCUUCUUCCUAUUGUCAAAGAAGUUGUUGAGAUGCUUUUCUGCCGUGGAGUAGUUAAGGUCAUUUUUUGCUGCUCUAAUUUGGAUUAAUAAUUUUAAAUAAUCAGUGUUAAGGGGGUGUAUUCCUGAUAAAAAAAGCCAUUUUCUAUUUUAUAUUUUCCCCUCAGUGCUCUCUCUGAUUCUCCUUAUUAUCUCUGAUAAAGUCUCAUCAUACAGUAUCAGAGCCAUCUUCUUCUCCUCACUUUUGAUCUGUUGGAUCUGAUUUCCUCAAGAUCUUGCGCACCCACGUUGUCUUCAAGUUGACCCAACCCACAUCGCUUCUUUCUUCAUUGUCAUCGUAGGCUUUUGAGGUUCAAGAUCACCUCCUUGUGUCGCUCACAUCAUUCACCCACUGCCGUCUUCGAUCUGAUUUUAGCAGUCGAUGGUGUGCCAUUGCCGGCUGUCAACUGUGUUUUGGAGGAUGCCCACUGCACGAUCAUUUCAUAUCACCAUGCAUUGGUUUUCCUAUGAUUUAUAUACGUCUGGAUGUUCAUCUUCACCAUUCCUAAAUAGGGAUGAAAAAAAAGGGUUGUCGGCCAUCGCUGGUGUAAUUUGUUCGCCUCAUUCUUCCUGGUCUCUUCGUCUUGGAGUAUAAUUCUUCUUCUGAUGUCAUCGGGUGUAGGUACUGUUCUCCACGGAGACCUUUGCAAUGGGAGUUAAUGCACCAGCACGUACGGUGAGUUCCUUUUCCUCUCUCUCUCUCUCUCUCUCUCUCUUGACCCUAUGAGUCUGCCCUUUUCUCUUGUCCUAAUAUCAUAAAAGAUGUGCACUGGCCUUCCUUGGUCAGAGACUUGCUGAGGGCCGUCUUUUUUCACAGGUUGUCUUCUCUACUCUGAGGAAGUUUGAUGGCAAGGAGUUCCGGCAACUACUUCCAGGGGAAUAUAUUCAGAUGGCGGGUCGUGCAGGAAGGAGAGGACUCGAUAAAAUUGGUACGGUGGUGGUCAUGUGCCGUGAUGAAAUGCCCGAGGAGAGAGAUCUGAGGCAUGUCAUGGUUGGAAAGCCGACCAGGCUUGAGUCACAGUUUCGACUGACGUACAUCAUGAUCCUCCAUCUACUUCGUAUAGAAGAACUGAAGGUGCUCCUUGUUUUUUCUGUGUUCAUCCAAAUUUUGCACUAUUUACAGGUUAAAUGUCCCAUAGAUUGGUUGUCUCUGACAUUUAAGUUUUGAUUAACAUGUCACUAAUAAAGGUUAUUAUCAUGUCUUUGAGCUUUAUUCAUAAUAUGGACACUCUAGACAAAAAUAAAUAAAUAAAUAAAUAAAUAAAAAUGGUUGGAGGCCCUGUUGAGAAAUGAUCAAAUGAAUUCUGAUAAAUAUAUUUUUCAAUCAGUUUCAGUUCAUCAUGUAUCCGUUGGUAAACCCGAAAAUCAAGAUCUGUGUUUUAGGACCGUGUUCCAGACCGUAUGGUUCGGAAGCAUCCCUCCCCAUGCCCAUGCCCCCUAAGUUGGUCCGAACAUAUGCCACUAGAAAAUUAUUUAACUCACAUCAUACGCACUUGCAAAAGUAAGAUGAAAAAAUCUAGUGCAAUCCGUCUCAACUUAUUCUCUGUAUUCCAGUGAUUAGAUGAUGGCAUGAAUUGGGUGAUGUGGAUGAUGAAAAUUUUGAUGAACAAUACCUGUCCUAGGUUGAAGAUAUGCUGAAGAGAAGCUUCGCCGAGUUCCAUGCUCAGAAGAAUCUGCCAGAGAAAGAAAAGCUUCUGUUAUUGAAACUCUCUCAACCUACCGAAGCCAUCGAGUAAGUCUGCCCUCCUCCCAGCAACUGUCCGGUCCCUAUCAAAACCAGGCCGUCUGGCUGGGUCGUCCCUCGGACCAGUCUGAAGGGAGGUCAUUGGUGGUGGGAUGGGAUUGCGAACAUCCGUGUGAUUCUGGCUCUGGGAGGAACAUUGGGCUCUCAUUUAGAUGCGCUGCUCAUGGACGCCACCCUUAUCCCACCACUCUUUGCCUGAACAGAUGCAUAAAAGGUGAACCCGCGAUCGAGGAAUACUUCGACUUGGCCUCAGAAGCUGAGGAACUUCGAGCGAGCCUAUCAGAAGCAGUGAUGAAAUACGCUCCGCACUUUCUCUCACCUGGGAGAGUUGUGAUUGUCAGGCCACACACGGUAAGCAUUCUCUUCGACCAUCGAGAUGGUCCUCCUAGUUCUUUUUCAGCCACAUGUCAUACCCUUCUCUUUGAUUUCCCUCCCGUCUUCACCAUUUCUCGUUGCACUCGUCGUCUGUGGUCGGAUGAAAUAAUGCGUGCUGUAGAUCUUUUACGGCUUACGGAGGGCGUUCUGGCUUGUCUCUGAUAGGCAGAUGAUCACUUUCUGGCGGUCGUCCUGAAAGCCCCUUCAUCUACGUUCAAGCAAUACAUCGUGCUGGUAUUGACGGCUGAUUCGUGGCUGUCCGCGGAGACUGCUCCGGUGGCCCUUGAUAAACUGCAAGAGAAGGCUGGCGGGAAUCUUCCGCAGGGUUACUUCAUACAGCCCAAGGGAAAGCGAGCUGCCGAUGAUUACCUCAUGUCCGUCGGUUCUCGCAAGGGAUCGGGUGCUGUCAACGUCGAUUUGCCCUACCGUGGUACUGCUGGCGGGAUGAAUUUCGAAGUGACCGCCCUGGAGAACAAUGAGCUUGUGAGCAUCUGUGACUGCAGAAUUAAGGUCGAUCAGGUGCAGCUCCUCGAGUAUCCGAGCCGCCCCGCUUACUCUAAAGCUGUUCAGGAGUUGCUGGAAAAGAGAUCCGGAGGGGGUAAAUUCCCCCGCGCCUUGGAUCCUUACAAAGGUACGACUACUUCCAGACUGUUUCUUCCUGUCCUUGAUGCUUCUCCUGCCUCCGAUUUCUGUAUGAGAUCGUCUGUCUACAAUCUCUUUCAGAUCUCAAGCUGAACGACAUUGAUCUUGUGGCCAAGUACCAUAGACACAACCGGCUGUUGCAGAAGAUGACGGAGAACAAGUGCCACGGGUGCGUGAAGCUGAAGGAGCACAUGACGCUGGCGAGGAAGAUUAAGAAGCACAAGGAGGAAGUCAACGCUCUCAGGUUCCAGAUGUCAGACGAGGCCCUCCAGCAGAUGCCGGAAUUUCAGGGCCGAGUACGUUGGAGAUCGUUUCGCUAUCGCCGAUCGAUGUUCGCCUAAUCGAGGGAACCCCUCUCUGACUAGCGCAUUGCCUUCUCAGAUUGAUGUGCUAAAGGAGAUCGGAUGCAUCGACUCCGACCUUGUUGUCCAGAUCAAGGGCCGAGUAGCCUGCGAGAUGAACUCCGGGGAGGAGUUGAUCUGCACGGAGUGCCUGUUCGAGAAUCAGUUCGACGAUCUGGAACCGGAGGAAGCCGUCGCCCUCAUGUCCGCCUUCGUCUUCCAGCAGAGGAACGCUUCUGAACCUUCCCUCACCCCGAAGCUGGCCAGUGCCCAGAAGAGGUCAUCUUCAGCCCUCCCCUCCUCCGGUCAUUCAGAAUCUCUUAAGCACGCAUGCGUUCACCUUCACGUGAUAUGAGAUCGCGAGCUUCUUCCUCAUCGACGGCCGUAUCUGCUGCUUUCUUGGGUCUCGUCUGCAGAUUGUAUGACACGGCGAUCAGGUUGGGCGAGCUCCAGGCGAGCUUCAGGGUGCCUGUGGUUCCGGAGGACUACGCGCGAGAGAACCUCAAGUUCGGCCUCGUCGAAGUCGUCUACGAAUGGGCGAAGGUGCCGUCUCUUCAUUGCCGCCCCCCCCUCCCCCCGCCGCCGCCGGUCGGUCGGUUGCCUGCCUAAUCCCCUGAUCCUCAUCCUCUCCUCGCAGGGCACGCCAUUCGCGGACAUCUGCGAGCUCACCGACGUGCCAGAGGGGCUCAUCGUGAGGACGAUCGUCCGGCUCGACGAGACCUGCCGCGAGUUCAGGAACGCCGCCGCGAUAAUGGGCAACUCAGCCCUCCACAAGAAGAUGGAAGCUGCCUCCGACGCCAUCAAGCGCGACAUCGUCUUCGCCGCCAGCUUAUACGUCACGGGGGUCUGA